CCCAGUCCCUGCAGUGUAUGAAUCCCCAGCCCGUGUACAGUAAACACAGACAGAGCUCAGGCAGGGGAGAUGAGGAACAGUGCUCUAGCUUCUAGACCUGCGUCCUCCGAGCUCGGGGAGGGGUGAUGAGGGAGGGGGCGUGUAUCUCCUCUCUCCCCCCUCCCCCUGCUGUUUCGGAAAUCUUCGGAGAGCUGGGGGAGGAGCGGACACAAGUCUUCACGGGGCGCAAAAUUCCACCUCACUCCGCCCUCUCCACACGCGUUGUUGAUUAGGACACAUCCGUUACGACCUGUACGCCUACUAACCCCCCCCCCCCCAACUGAACUCCCCGCCCCUUCAACCUAAUAAGGCAUGGUCACGUGGUCCAGUGACGUAGUUCCGGAGAGCAGUCGCUCAGUUGUGUCGUCGUUUGUCCGGUUAACGAGUAUGGGGGCUGCGGAAGCGGAUAGGACCUUGUUCGUAGGGAACCUGGACCCCAGGGCCACAGAGGAGCUGCUGUUCGAGCUUUUCCUGCAGGCUGGUCCUGCAGUGAGUGUUAAGAUCCCUAAAGACAAAGAUGGCAAUCCAAAACAAUUUGCAUUUGUAAAUUUCAAGCAUGAAGAAUCUGUUCCAUAUGGGAUGAGUUUGUUAAAUGGAAUCAAACUGUUUGGAAGGCCCCUGAAAAUCCAGUACAGAUCAGGGAGUAGUCAUGCUUCUCAAGAUGCAAAUAAUGCAGCAUCCUCUCCACAAGGAAACGGUGGCUUCUCUGGGAAUGGUCAAUCACCAAAUGGAAACAGAUAUGACUAUAAUUCUGACAUGAGAUAUGACCACUCGUCUCCUGUUUCAAGCUAUCAGAAACCAUACUCCUCCCCAGAUAGUCUUCAAAAGCAAGCUAUGAUGAAUAACUACUACAGACAAGGAUCAUCUCAUGGUUCCAACACAGAGAUAGUGUCUCACGCAGUAUCCUCCUCAUCAAAUUACUCACCUUAUUACAAUCAAUAUCAUCAAAGCUCAUCCCACUCUGCAUCAGUGCGUUAUGACUCCUCCUCCAACCACCGAAAAAUGAGGAGCCUGGCAUCUCAUCCUUAUCAAAAUGAUGGUUACCAAAGCAGUAGAGACGCACAUUACAGGGGAAGUCAGGAGGAUCACUAUCAUGAAGGUCGCAGCCCUCAACACAGAAGAGAGCCUAGAUGGAACCAGUCUCGCUAUUAAAGGGGUUGGCAAAAAAAAAAAUUGUAAGGGUUCAUUCAUUGAUAAACUCGCAGCGGGAGUUUCGUUACCAUUCAAUUAAAUGUCUGCAGAAAAUCUGCAGUAGCGGCACGUCAAUAAAUUACAGCCGCAGGUUAUUAAUGUGUGAACCCCUAAGUAGAGAAAUCUGUGCUUAAAAAAGAAAAACAAUAAAUAAAAUGUGCUUUCUUUUUAAAGGGAACCUGUUAUUACUUCUGUUGCCUAAACCACAAGUCAUUGGAGCAGUCCCCAUUGACUUCUGCCUGCUUUGCUGGCCUUGAUGGGGUUUUAUCAGUGAAGUAAUGGCACGUUCCCUUUUAUACAAGCUUAGAAACAAAGUACACCUAUUGGUAAAAAAAGAAAAACUUUUAUAUGGCCUUUUGUGUAUAUAUUUUAAAAAAAAGUUUUAAAUAAUUUUAUUCAGUACAGCAAAAAAGUAUUAAGAAAAAUCUAAAAAUGUUGUGGCAUAUGUAUGUAGCCACAUACUGGUUACUCAUGAUUGAUUUAGAAGUUUGUGGCAUCACUCCAGUAAAUGGAUGCCUCAUGUCUGCUUGCACACUAUAAAAUUCAUCUGUUUUAAAGAUCCGUUUGAUGCUCAGUUAUGAAAACCCUG